AGGAGGCAUUUCUUUAGGCCACUAAAAGACAAGGAAAAGAAGCCCCUUGGGAAGCGUGCAGUUACCAUGGGAACCCAUUGGCCAGUGAUUACAUUUUUAUGAAGUGUUGAAGCCCCAAUGGAAAACACUAUCUAUACCUCGUUGAUAAAGGAGGAGGACGAUGAGGAGGGGGUAACAUACAUUCCUUCAAAGAUUUUGCAUCCUCAAGUGUUGGCAGUGACGGGAGCUCCUCCUGAAGUUCAUGUUCCUGAUGAACCUGAAGUGACGCUCCCAACUGGAGAGUUACCAGUCAUCCAGGAGAUAAUAGAUACACUCCCUCUUCUGGAUGUGCUGAGGAUUUCUGCGGUUCUGGAGGAUACCCUGGACCAGCUUUCAAUCUUAAGCUAUAUCAUGCCAGCUCCAUUUGAAAGGAAGACAGAUAGUGGCCAAAAAUCAAGCAAAGAAAUGAACAUUGUCAUCCAAAGCCUAGACCGCCUGCAAACAUCUAUCAUGCAGCAGAGAAAGUCUGGCACUGCCGCAGAAUUAGAAGGAACCAAGGUGAUCUCUCAAGCCCAUGCUGAAAAGCAGGAAGACAAAUCGGAGGAUUUCAUUGCUAAAAAACCUGCGAGGCAAACCAUACUGACUUUAGAGACUCUCAAGAAAGUCCAGGCUGACAGAGAGUAUGCCAGCGAAAUACUUAUGGAAACUGUAAAAGAGAUGCAAGAUUCAGGAACAUUCACCAGUCUUCUGAAAGCUUUGGACAAAGAGAAGGAAAAAAAAACAAAUUUCUGUGAAAUCAUUGCCAGAGAGGAACAAGGGAGAAAACAGAUAAAAUCUCUCCAGAAAGAGCUUCAGGAUGUCAAAAAUGAGCGGCAAGUAGAAACACAGGGUCGGAAUGAAUAUAUUGCAAAUCUCAAGGACCAGCUGCAAGAGUUGAAGGCAAAGACUAAUAUGGAGAGCCGAUAUGUGAAGAAAAACACUGACCUGCAGAUUGCCCAGACUCAGAAAAAAUGCAACAAAAAUGAAGAGGUCCUUCUGGAAGAGAUCGAUAAACUGAGACUUAAAACUGAUGAAGAGAUUCGAGUCCACCUAGAAAUUGAAAGCUUCCUCAAGAAAGAACAGCAGAAACUGGAAGAGAAGUUAGAGUACUGGAUGGAGAAGUAUGAUAAAGACACAGAAAUGAAACAAAAUGAACUGAACAGUCUUAAGUCUGCAAAAGCCAGUGACUUGGCAACCUUGCAAGAUCUUGCAAAACAGCUAAGGGAGUUUGAACAGGUCAUUAUUGAGGAUCGACUAGAGAAGGAGAAGGCCAGGAAGAAGAUAGAACAGGAUGCCCUGGAACUGAAGAGCAUCAUAAAGCUUCAGGCCUGGUGGAGAGGCACCAUGAUCCGAAGAGAACUUGGCAAUUUCAAGAUGCCAAAGAAGGAAAAAGAUGAUGGCAAGGGUGCAAAAGGCAAAGGGAAGAAGCCCGUAAAGAAGAGAAGAUGAUGGUGCUCUUUCUGGCUUUUUCUUUUCUUCUUUCAGGGGGUUGGGAAGUAGAAAGGAGGAAUUAAAAGGGGCAAACACCUCACCAGCCGAUGUUAUUUCUUAUCUAAACAACCUCCUGGGGAGGGUGAGGACUGAACAAAGAUCCUUGAUGACUUCACAUUAUUAUUAUUAUUUUUUAAUUGAGUCCUGAAAUAAUUUGAUUUUUUUUUUUACUGGGAUGUUAGGACAAAAUUUGGAUUUUUCUGUCGAUUUAGUGCCUUAUAUAAUCUGACCGUACAUCGAGAAGGACCUUUUCUAGGGGUUGUAGGAAGACUUCUUUCUCUUUUGACACCAGUACAGCAAGGACAGACAAUUUCUGUGCCCGUUUACAG